GCUCAAACAGUGGCGUGGUCGUGGAGCUUGGGGGGUCGCCGUCAUGGCCGCAUCACCCGCUGCCGACUGCCGAGCACCAGCAGACAAGGCGGGGGAAACUACAAAACAAAGCACCAGCCAACCGCCCGCCCGCUCAUCCCAGUGCUGACCCUUUCCACCACCACCCUCUCUCGCGUCGCGUCCUCUAGUCUCCCCUACCCUCGGCCGGCCGGCAGCGGCAGCAGGCAGAAGGCGGCUGCGCGCACCCGGCACCCCCCGCCUCCUCGCCCGCCCCGCCCGUAUGGUCGCUGCCGGGCCCGAGGUAUGGUCGCCCGCUGCCUCGUCCUCUCCGCGCUGCUCCUGAUCACCUCCGCCUCCGCGGCCUCCGCCGCCGCGUCGCCCCAUGGCCUCACCCAACAAGGACAGGACAGCAUAUAUAGUGUGGUCUUGCUGCUGGUUCCUUGGAGCGAUUGGUUUGGUGUCGAUUUCGGUGGUCGUGUGAUUGUGGACGUGGCGAAGCAACUCAAGGAGGAGCUGUCGGAGAGAAACCCAGGGCAUGAGAUGCUCAAGUCGUGGAAUGGAGAAGACCCGUGUUCACCAACUGCCUGGGAAGGGUUUUCUUGCCAAUCCAAGGAUGGUAACCUUGUUGUAGUUAAGCUGAACUUUUCUUCAAAGGAACUGCAAGGGCCAAUUCCUGCCGCGAUCGGUAACUUGACGGAUCUAACUGAAAUAGAUCUGCAGUCCAAUAACUUCACCGGUUCUAUUCCGGGAUCUUUCUCUGCCCUCACCCAACUGCUAAAGCUGUCGGUAAACUGCAACCCUUUCUUGAUCAAUCAGCUACCUGAUGGCCUAUCUACCACCGUGGAUUUCAGCUUCGGAGGUUGUGCUGCUGAAGAGUACCGUAGUCCACCUGAAGCAGCCAAUCAGAGAACAUUUGUUAUUGGUGGAGUUGCCGGAGGAUCUUUGGCAUGUACUUUUGCGCUUGGAUCCUUUUUUGUUUGUUUCAGCAAACGCGAACGGCGUUCUCAGAAAACAGACUGCGCUUCUACAACAAAUCCUGUUUAUGAAGAAUGCAGCAUCAAUAUAACUACAAAUCCUGCGGUACAGCAGUUAUCCCUCAAAUCAAUCCAGACUGCAACAUGCCAGUUCAAGACAAUGAUAGGACAGGGUGGGUUUGGAGCUGUUUAUCAAGGUACUUUAGCACAUGGUCAACAAAUCGCAGUGAAAGUUCGUUCACCCUCAUCGACACAGGGAACACGUGAGUUCAACAAUGAGUUACGGCUACUUUCUGCUGUGUGGCAUGACAAUUUGGUCCCACUUAUUGGCUACUGCUGUGAAAAGGAUCAACAGAUUUUGGUUUAUCCAUUCAUGUCUAAUGGCUCGCUACAAGACCGCCUCUACGGCGAGGCAUCAAAAAGGAAAGUUCUCGAUUGGCCCACUAGAAUAUCUGUCUGCAUUGGUGCUGCAAGAGGAUUAGUGUAUCUUCACAAUUUUGCUGGCCGCUGUAUCAUACACAGAGAUGUUAAGUCAAGUAACAUACUUCUGGAUCACAGCAUGUGUGGUAAGGUUGCAGACUUUGGUUUUUCCAAGUAUGCACCUCAAGAAGGUGACAGCAAUGCAUCAAUGGAAGUGAGGGGGACGGCUGGAUAUUUAGACCCUGAAUACUAUGCCACGCAGCUCUUAUCAACCAAAAGUGAUGUGUUCAGUUUUGGAGUCGUUCUCUUAGAAAUUGUAACUGGAAAAGAACCUCUUGAUCUUCAAAGGCCUCGCAGUGAAUGGAGCUUAGUUGAGUGGGCAAAACCAUACAUAAGAGAUUUCAGGAUCGAAGAACUUGUUGACCCAGGCAUAAAAGGGCAGUACUGCUCGGAGGCUAUGUGGAGGGUCCUUGAGGUUGCAUCAGCAUGCACCGAGUCUUUCUCAACCUUCCGCCCGAGCAUGGAAGACAUAGUCAGAGAGCUGGAGGAUGCUCUGAUCAUCGAGAACAACGCCUCUGAGUAUAUGAGAUCCAUGGAGAGCACCGGGACGUUCGGUUCCAACCGCUACUUGUCCAUAGACAGGAAGAUGUUUGCGUCAGGCUCAGCUCGAAUAGAUCCAGCAAAGUUGGCAUCAGGUUCGGCUCGUAUCGACGCAGUUAAAGGGCCUUUGCAAGCGAUGCCUUCGCUUCCGAGGUAACUUGCCUCCGCAACAACGGUGAUCUCAGAACGGGGUGUCCUCAGUUCCUCAUUCAUUCCGCAUGGUCUCAUGGAGGUUAUGCUUGCUGAACACACGACCUCGAGUUGAGUUUACAGUUUAGACAUGAAGUCACGGAUGACUGAGAAGGUGCACGGAGAGGUUACACCACAUCGACCAUGCAGUCAGCACGCAGCAGAUCCACGGCAGGUGUAGAGAAGAAAAGUCCCCCCGAGAGACAGAGGCAUGCUUUGCCUGUAAAAUUUUCUAUUAUUUCAGUUACCUGAAUGUCAUGCAUGUGUGCGCAAUGCACAGCUAUUCUUUGGACAUGGUUUUGGGCCAUUGGAGACAAGAGAUGUUGAGGUCGCAUCAGUCAUUAUUUUGGGCAUCCCUGCUUCAGAAAGUUGCAGAGUUAGUGUUGUAAUUUAAGUUGUGGUGUUCAUCCGA